AUGUCAGCUCUGAGGGUCCUGGCCUUCCUCGCUUUCGCUGCAGGUGUUUCCGGCGGUCAGACCUCAGACUGCUCUUACCUGACUCUCCUGAAACACUUGAACCUGACAGCGACGAAUGAUGUUCUCGCGAUCAUGCGACCCGUGAGAAACUGGACGACGUCCACCGUCGUUCUGGUGGACAUGGUGUUGUUUGGUAUCUUGGAGGUGGAUGAGAAGUCUCAAACUCUCACGAGUCACGUCUGGUUUCAGAUGAGUUGGACAAAUGAAUUCCUAACUUGGAAACCAUCAGACUUUUGUGGGAUAAACAGGCUGACUGUUCCGAGAUCGAGGCUGUGGAUCCCGGACGUGACCAUCCAAGAGGAUGCCUCUGAUACUGGGAGUAUCCUGAAAGGUCCACUGGCCACCGUGAUUCCCAGCGGUUGGAUGUUUGUCGGCGCACGUCAGCGGCUGACCGUCACCUGUCAGCUGCAGCUCUUUCUGUUCCCCUUUGAUGUUCAACGCUGCAACAUCACAUUUAGAUCCAUGAGCAGUGAAGUGGAAACUAUAAACGUCCUGCCGCUCAAUAAUGACACCACCCUGACUAAAGUCUCUGAGCAGAUCAUGGUGACACAGGGAGAGUGGCAACUUGAAAACAUCGAGAUUAUCAAUCAUGACAUCCCCAAAACCGGUUCAGGUCAGAGCACACUCAUAUACACGGUCACAAUCAGCAGGAGGCCAAUGCUGUAUGUGAUCAUUUUAAUCGUGCCCCUGUUCUAUUUGCUGGUCCUGGAUCUGGCCUCUUUCUUCAUCAGCGAUGGCAGUGGCGAAAAGCUGAGCUUCAAAGUGACCGUGCUCCUGUCCAUCUCCGUCUUACUGCUGAUCCUUCAGGACAUGCUGCCGUCCACCGAGGAGAAGCUGCCGAUGAUGGCCACCUACUGCAUCACGAUCUUCGCCCUGGUGGGGAUCAGCCUUCUGGAGGCCAUGCUGGUGAGCUUCCUAAACGACCUCGGCGGUGACUGUGGUCAGAAGGCUCAAAGAUCCGUCGAUGUGGAGAUUCAGCUGGAAGCCGACUGUCACAAAGAGCCAGCUGCAGCUGAAGAGGAAGCCCAGGUGGAAGCAGAGAAAAGUGACCGUCCUCUGGAGGGGCGCAGUGGCCACGAGCUGCUGAAACUGAUCCUGGAGGAAGUGAAGGCAGCUCGGCAGGAAGCUGAAGCACAGGAAAAAGGCAAGAGGAAGGCGGAAUACUACAGAAGAGUGGCCAAAACCAUCGACUCUGUGUUCUUUGUCCUCUAUUUUUUAACUGUGGUCAUUGUCCUGAUGUUCAUGGGUAGAGUGUGGGUGACAAACUAUCCUGAAUGAUGUGAGUAUAAUCUGCAACAAAACAUCACCUGGAGAGAAGCUUUGAUGAACACAUGCAGUGAAGAAAAAAACACCUGUCUUUUUAACCUCUGAUUAUUUCUGUCCUCUACAUUUUCUGUCCUUCUAUCCUGAUUCUUCUUCUAUUGAAGAUCUCACUGAUCUUUUCAGACAUGCAUAUAUAAUCUGCAUACAAAGCACAGAAUGUUAUUAUUACAGUUUUUUUUAUAUUUUUAUGAUGUAUAGUUUGUUCCUUAUAUUUUUAUUUUCACUUAUUUCACUGUGUGUAAUGCUGCUGCUGCACUGCAAUUUCCCAGCUUGGGAUA